CGAAAAGUCUUCGAGGUCUUCCUCGUUUUCCUUUCUUCUUCCAGAUACCUUCCCUUGCAUCAUUUAAAGCUCUCUUGAGUUUUGUUGUCCUUAUGUACUUCACUUUUGUAAUGAUUUAAGCAAUAACAGUAGCUAAUAAUCUCUCUUGCUGGAGACUAAAGCAUAUUGAUUAGUCUUCUCUCGCGGCCAGCUUCCUUCCUCUUCUUGAUCAGAAUAAAGGAUUCCAAAUGAGGAAACAUUUGAAGAACGAGAAUUCAAGUCCAAGACAUGGCAAAUAUAAUCACAAAUCUGGCUGGUUAUCUGGAAUGCUUCAUGUGUUUCACUUUCACCAUUGGAGAACUAAGAACCGUCCAAUUUGUUGGAAGACCCCAAGAACCCAUUCCUUGGUGCGUGAAGCUGACGAACAAGAACCAUUUCUUGAUUCUAAGAACGACGAGUCAAAGAUACUGAAGAAGCUGAUGACAACAAAGCAAGUAACAGAGUAUGUUGACUUUCUUGAAAUCUUGAACAAGGAAGAUGUUUUUGUCAAGAUACUAAAAGAUCCAAACUCGGAGUUUGGGAAGCAAGUGGAGAUCAAGUCAAGUCCAAGAGUUUUGCCCAAGUCAGGCUCGUUUCCUCUCUCUGGCUCUCCACGUCCCGCUAGGAUUGAGCACAAGCAGAAGGAGAAUUGGUAUGCUCCAAAGCAGAACGCUGCCGUUUUGACUUUUAAUGUUUCAAGUGACACUUCUCAGGGAGACAAACCAAUCUUACCUUCUCAUGGCUCAGCUGUAAUAAAUGGAUUCAAGAAAAUCAAGAAGUUGCUCAAGAACACAUUAAAAGACCGAAAGCACAUGAAGAAGAAUGAGAAGUGUUUAGCAGUUUCAAAAGAUAAUUCUGUGGAGAGAUAUUCUCUUCUCUUAGAACAGAGUUUUAGAAGAAAAGGUGGUGACUUGCGUUCCAAGAGUUUAAAAGUUUCAAAUGAAGAGAGAAAUAGCUAUUUGAGAGAUGAUAAUAAACCACAAUUCUUUAGACGUGUUUCAUCAUUGUCCAGCCUUGAAGUUUUUGGUUCAUUUCUGACAGAACUUCCUCGCGAUAGUUCUGCCAGGAAAUCUGUAGACCUAGAUACUAACUUGGGAUCCAAGAAAUCUGUAUUGUUAUCAGAGACUUUGGUAAGAACAGAGAAGGAAGAAGAAAAAUAUGAGGAGCAAGAGGAGAAAAUCCAAGAAACAAAGACUUCACUCUCACCAGGUUUAGGUCUAAGUUCUUUAGAUAGUAGCAAGCAUGAACAAGAAGCAGAAGAAGAAGAUGAAGAUGUCUACUUCUGUUACGUAAAGAAGGUUCUAAAACUUUCAGGCUUCCUUGAAAACGAAUACAAGGAAGUAAAAUGGUACUCAGAGGAACAACCUCUAGAUCCAUCACUUCUCUUCAAAAUUGACAUACAAGAAGAAGUGAACAAAGAGCUUCUCUUUGAUUUGGUAAACGAAGCAAUCACUGAGACUCGAAACCACUCACACAUCUAUUUCCCUAAGACAUUUUAUUUUCCAUAUUCAAAUGGGAAACGUUUUCUGGAUGAGGUCUGGAGAAGAGUCGAGUGGAGCCUCUUAGGGUCAGGAGAUCAGGAUAGAGAUUGUUCAUUGGAUGAUAUUGUGGGGAGAGAUCUUGGGAAGGGUGAUGGAUGGAUGAAUCUUAGAAGUGAGUCUGAGUACCUGACUCUUGAGCUAGAAGAUCUGAUUUUUGAUGAAGUUUUAGAUGAAAUACUCUGUGUUUAUUAGUAGUUACUACAGACGUCUGAUAGAAUGUUUUGGUUAGAUUUUUGUUCACUUUUUUUUUUUGAUAUACAUGUACAUAUGUUUUGUUUUGAAGAAAUACAUGUAUAUAUGUUGAGUUAAUACAUAUUCAAGAUUUCAUACAGUUCUGUAAUAUUUCC